CGCUUUUCCAAGAAUGGAAUCUGCAACCAAGCAUGUGAUUGUGGUGAAAGUCAUGGUUCGUACCGGAUCCAGAGGAAAGGUGACUCAGGUGAGAGUCAAGUUUCUUGACGACCAAAAUAGGUUUAUCAUGAGAAAUGUCAAGGGACCAGUCAGAGAGGGUGAUGUUCUCACACUGUUGGAGUCUGAGAGGGAGGCCAGGAGAUUGCGAUGAGGGCAUAAUUAUGAAUGCCAUAUUGAAAUUGCCUUGAGUACUUGUACUGGCUUU